AUGUCUAGUUCAGCCAGCCCUUCAGAAUCCAAAAUCUCCCUCCUGUCGCAUGAUUCUACAUCGUCAUCCUACGAUGAAAAUGAGAAGGCUUCAGGGACUGGGUUGAGAAAAAGCUUCUCCCCUUUUGUCGCUCUUCGAUCCAAAUACAGCACGGACAGCAGCUCAUCUGUCACCUCUAGCAGUUCCGCUCCUCCGCUUUUGCAUGCACAGACACAAUCGCAGCCCCCGCCUCCCCUUACUUCCGCCUCUGCACUUUCGAGCCACCCUACUAAGGACUAUGAGGCAUCGUUUGGUGCCUUGGCAUCAUCAUUUGGAUAUGGAGGAGGGGCGCCGAUCAUCGUGAAAUCGAAGAAAACUCAAACGAAGUCAGCCACCCAGACUGGUGCUGCAGCCCCCUCAACCUCGAAUAACACACCUCUAAAGUAG